AUGUGUGCGUACUUGAUCAAACAAUAUCCUAAAUUAAGAGUCAAGAUCGAGGGUAAAAAGAUCAUGGAUACCCUUACACAUAAUGAUGAUACAUCUUCUUUGAAUCACAUGUGUGUGACAGGGAACACAGCUAUGUGUCUAUACCUGAUGAAGAAAUACCCUUCAACAUUGCACCAAAAAGGUCCUUUGGGUAGUCAUUGUCUACAUUUAAUAGCAGCAUCCGGGAUUGUAAACUGUUUUAAGUCAGUAAUCCCAUUAGUACAUCCAGGAAAGACGAAGUACGAAGCUGAGCAGUUCAUUGAAACUUUGACAGAUGACUACGGUCAAACUUGUUUACAUCACGCUUGUGUAAAAGGACAUGCAGAGAUGUGUUUGUAUCUUGCUGAGGAAUACUGGUCUUUGUUAGAGAAGAAAAAUCGAUAUGGUAGUCACUGUCUCCAUUUAGCGGCUAAAUCAGGUCGUGUCGACUGUUUUAAAGUAGUCGUCAUAUUAAUACUUGGGGAUAAAACCAAAUCAAAUGUCUUAUCAUCUCUGGAAACUCUGACAAACAGGAACGGCAAAACGGUUCUUCACAAAGCUGGUGUGAAGGGAAAAACAGAGAUGUGUGAGUACUUGGUCAGUGAAUUUCCAUCGCUGUUAUCCCAACGAAGUGUAGGUGGUAAUCAUUGUCUCCACUAUAUUGCACAAUCAGGUCAGAUAGAGUGUUUUAAAUCAGUAGCAACUCUUACUCUGAAGGGCAAGAAUGAGAAAGAGAGAGAAAAGUUCAUGUUAGAUUUGAAAAACAACAGAGGUAAGACUGUAUUAGAAAAGGCACGAGAAAAUCAGCAAACUGAAAUGUGCUCGUACUUGGAACGUGAGUUUAACUUUCUGUCUGAGAAGAAAUUACAUGCUCAUUAG